CCUGAUAGUGUUGUGCGUAUAUAAGUGUGCAUAAGGCUAGACGACCUUCACUUUCCUGCUCAUCUUCCUCGAGAUGAACACUUACAGUAUCCUGCCGCUCCUGACUUCCUGCCUCCUCAUCCAGAGGGUCGCUGCUCAGAGUCAAUCUAGUGUGGGCGUCGACCUGCGUAAUGUCACGCAGGUGUUACAGCUCAGUAAUGGUCUGGACUGGGGACUCUGGGGAUCAAUGGAGUUCUGCGAGGUGGGAAGUUUCGCCCAUGCUUUUGAAAUUAAGUUCGAGCCUGCGGGCAGCGUGGACGACACCGCUGUGAACGGUGUUAAGCUCUACUGCAGGACCCCAGCAGGCUACGACACUAGCUACGUCACCUCUGUGGUAGGGAACGAAGGAGAUUGGCAAGGCAUGCGUGUGUGCCACGAAGGCUUCCUGACGGGGCUGACAGCGGAGGUGUUGGAACCUCAGGGAGUACUACACGAUGACAUCGCUGUAAUGAACGUUGAGAUGCAGUGCGACUACAACGCUGAAACCUUAUUAGGUGUUGACCUCGACGACAACACGUACCCCGCAGGGACCUGGGGCGACUGGCAACAGUGUGCAAAGAACACCAAGGUGUGCGGCCUGCAGAUUCGGUUCGAGGAAUGGUCAGUUGAAGACGACACCGGUACCACUGAUAUUGUCAUGUUCUGCUGCGAUUACUAUGGGUGUACCUAUCUGGCUCCGUGGGUGUACCUAACUGGCUCCGUGGGUGUACCUAUCUGGCUCCGUGGGUGUAUAUCUGGCUCCGUGGGUGUACCUAUCUGGCUCCGUGGGUGUAUAUCUGGCUCCGUGGGUGUACCUAUCUGGCUCCGUGGGUAUACCUAUCUGGCUCCAUACUCAGAGAUAAUGGUAGAGGAAGACUCUGGACCCGUCACGCAACAUGGGAAAGACCUUGGAGUAGUCAUGGAACUUGAGAAAGACCUUGGAGUAGUCAUGGAACUUGAGAAAGACCUUGGAGUAGUCAUGGAACUUGAGAAAGACCUUGGAGUAGUCAUGGAACUUGAGAAAGACCUUGGAGUAGUCAUGGUACUUGAGAAAGAUCGUGUAGUCAUGGAACUUGGGAAAGAUCUUGGAGUAGUCAUGGAACUUGAGAAAGAUCUUGGAGUAGUCAUGGAACUUGAGAAAGAUCUUGGAGUAGUCAUGGAACUUGAGAAAGACCUUGGAGUAGUCAUGGAACUUGAGAAAGAUCUUGGAGUAGUCAUGGAACUUGAGAAAGAUCUUGGAGUAGUCAUGAAGCUUGAGAAAGAUCUUGGAGUAGUCAUGAAGCUUGAGAAAGAUCUUGAAGUAAGGCUUGAGUACAUUCAUUACCCCCUCACCUCUCUCGAGAUGAACACCUUCAGUGUCCUCCUGCAUCUCCUGGCGCUCUGCCUAAUCCAGGGCGUUGCCUCUCUAGAUAUCGACUACAGGGAAAACGUGACCAGUACACUGACCCUCAGCAACGGCAUCGACUGGGGUGACUGGGGACCCGUAGAGUUCUGUGAGGAAGGCAGCUACUCACACGGCUUCGAAGUCAGGUUUGAGCCAAGCGGAGCUACUGAUGAGACCGCAAUGAGCGGCGUGAAGCUUUACUGCAGUGAUAAGGAUCACUUUGACACUGGCUACGUCACCUCCGUUGUCGGUACCACUGGCGAGUGGCAAGGCAUGCGUGUGUGCCACGAAGGCUUCCUGACGGGUAUGAGAGCGGAGGUGCUGGAACCUCAGGGAAUAUUGCACGACGACGUGGCUGUCGAGAAUAUUGAGGUACAGUGCAACUACGACGGUGAAAUCUUGACCGGCGUGCACGAUCUUCCCAAGUUCACGCCAGGUACUUGGGGAGAAUUCGAGCAUUGUGACCCAGGUUCUGCUGUUUGUGGUCUUCAGACACGUUACGAGGGCAUCUUAGUUGGUGACGACUCGGGUACUACGGACCUGAUCUUCUUUUGCUGUGUGUUCUAGCCUCUUUUUCCCGUGCUGUUGUUCUAUUUUCUAAUGUUCAUCUUGUUUUAUUGUCCCACUUAUACUUGUUACCGUUGGACACCACUGGUUACUGCAUAGCACCGUUGGAGACUUUCUGGUACCAGUGGCCAGCUACGCAACAAGGCAACUGCUGGACUCAAGGUCCCAUAACUGGACUUGAGGUUAAAUUGCUGGGCACUCAUAGACGUUCAACUAAGAUUUUGGAGACGUACGUAAUCUGUUUGAAAGCACUGGACACAAGAGACAACCUUGCUGGAACCACUUGACGCAGAGGCAACCUUGCUGGAACCACUGGACGCAAGAAGACAGCCUUGCUGGAACCACUGGACGCAAGAAGACAGCCUGCUGGAACCACUGGACGCAAGAAGACAGCCUUGCUGGAACCACUGGACGCAAGAAGACUGCCUUGCUGGAACCACUGGACGCAAGAAGACAGCCUUGCUGGAACCACUGGACGCAAGAAGACAACCUUGCUGGAACCACUGGACGCAAGAAGACAGCCUUGCUGGAACCACUGGACGCAAGAAGACAACCUUAUGGGAACCACUGAAGUCGUGGAGGCUACAGAGAAACUUUCACCCUUUCAAUUACUGUUGUAAUCUCUAAACUUUCAUGUGUGUGUGUGUAUAACAAACAACCCAACACUAUUGUUUUAUUAAAUAGAAUCUGAUCCCCGGUUAAACCCAAUAAAACAUCAGGUUAGGAGAAAAACCCGAGUGAUUUUUAUCUCUUAGAGACCUAAAUGUCCAGCCUCUCGAAGCCUUCGUGAGAGACUUGAGGUAUAUAAUUCCAAAUUGAGAAAGUUGGACGACGAAUAAGCAGUGUUGUUUACCGUUUCUUGUUAGCUAACUCAAUAAGUUGCAGAUGUUCGACGGGUGUUAACAGACCUCCUGUGUGUCUGGCAACACAUUAAGACUAGCAGAUGUUCAAAGAGGAAGAUACGUGUGCAAUAGAUACCAAAUGUUGUCUGUGUGUUUUAUGUUUCUAGUUAAUUAAAGAGAGUUAAUUUUUG